AAGAAGUUUACUUCCGGGUUUUAGGACGCGUCACUGUGGCACUCUAUUGACAGUAUUUAAAACCUACACUUUGCUACAACUUGGUGGAGUUUUGUGGGAAUAUAUAAUCGUGAUGGGUUAAGUUGUUUUUUGUUAUGUCUAGAUAAAUAUAAUACAUUAAAUCCAUACGAUUAAUCCAUUACAAAAAACGCAAAUAUGGGACAAGCUUUUUUCCAGGAGAAAACCAGAAGUGGAUGUGGGAUUUCUCUCUUGACUCUCCGUAUCCAAGCUGAUCACUAGCAUGUUUACUGACGAAGCCCUGGACUCAGUGAGUGUUCAGUCUCAGUGGAGGAUAUCCCAGCAGUCCGCGCAGGAGUCGAGAAGCUGUCAGACCCGCGCCGUGCACAGAGCUGAGGCCGAGGUGCAGGCGGGGUCCUCCUCCACCUGCUGCACCCAGACAGAGACCCAGCCUCAGGAGGAGCUGCUCCUCCAGGACGGGCUGGAGCUGCCCGGCCUGAGGGACUUCCUGCAGCGGGUGGAGGACACUGUCGUCAGAGAGCUGGUCAGAAAUGCCAGGAGUCACGCCUUUGAUGAGUUCCAGGUGAACUGGGAGGAUCACAGGCAGCGAGUUUCAUGCCUGCAUUUCCUUCAACAUACCAGCGCACAAGAGACAGGUCUUCAUGUAACCAGUGUUUCCUGGAACUGUACAGGUUCAGUUAUUGCCUGUGCCUACGGUCG